AUGUCACUGCCAUCUCCUGAGGUUGUCCGGCACCCUGCUGAUUAUUCCCCUUUCCUCAAUAUUCUUCAAAACAAGGAUGUUCCAGAGUCCACUGCGCAACGACAGCACUUACGAGAUAUCAUUAAAAAGAGUACAGAAGAAGAUAUACCGGCCAUAGACGAGGAAAUUCAAGAACUUCUAGCUAGAAUUCGAGAGCUGGAAUUAACAAAAAAAGGAAUUUUGUUAAACGUUUCGAAAUUCCAAGAAAUCUUAACACCGAACCCAAUCCAUCGCCUUCCAACUGAGAUCCUCUUAGAAAUAUUUUUCAUACAUCGUGACACGACGGAAGGAUAUAUCACCACGAUUAGCAACGGAGUAUGGCCGCUAUCUCAUGUUUCAAGAGAAUGGAGGAGCAUAACACUCUCCUUACCGAAGCUAUGGUCGAAUAUCGCUAUCAGCGCCAUUGAAUCCCCUGCCAAAAAUCAGCUACAACUGCUGAACACCGCCUUGAAUCGUUCCGGAUCGCAUCCCCUAUAUGUUGUCGCUCAUUUUUCCUGGUCAACUGGAUUUGAUGAUGAUGAUGGAUUAUUUUCUACCUAUGGGUAUCCACAAACUCGUAAUGACACUAGCAACUUGGGCAUACCAUCCUGGCCCUCUGAACGACAACUCAGUGAGGCCAUGAUCAAAUCCGUUGUUGGGCACUCCAAUCGGUGGAAAACGGCAGAUAUCUCUGUUCUUGACCCAUCCCUUCUUCGUCCUAUCUAUGGCCAAUUAUCAUCCCUCGAAAAGCUCACUUUCGCGGGCGAUUUAGAUGAUUUUCCUCAGAUCUUGAGCAUUGCACCGAAACUUCGGGAUAUUGAAUUCCAUAACUCGGAUUCAAGUUCGUUACAGCUCCCCUGGACACAGAUCUUUCGAUUUCGCGAGUCACAAUGGAAUCCAUCCAUGGAUCUCCUGCCUCGCUAUCUUCGGAUCCUUCGCCAGAAUACUCAGUUCGAAGAUUUUGGAGUCGAGUACGAGUCAAUUCGCUCUGGGAACACACCACAGCUUCUCACGCAUACCAAGUUGAAGGCUUUCAUGUGUACCGAUAUACGCCUCAUUCGCUGCCUCACUUUGCCUAAUCUCCAAAGUCUUCAUCUGAAAGCCCCAUUCAUGCGUAUGUGCCCCUCGGAUAUGAUCCCAGCUUCAAGCGAUCUUCUCUCUAGGUCCCGAUGCGCGUCGAAUAUGCGGGUCCUGCGAUUAGAGGGAGUUGUGCUCAAUCGUGACGUUUUAUCCCUCCUGGAAUCGACAGCAAGUCUCACUGAACUCAAUUUCACUUUUGACAAGUGGGUUAUUUCGAAUGACACAUUCCUGAAAGUCUUUAUACAACGAUUGAGCACACAUGGAAAGUCAAGGAAGGAUAUGGCACGAAUUCUUCUCCCAAAGCUUGAAUCGCUUACAAUCGAUAUCGAAGCGAUCAACAGUCACGAGUGGUUCGCUUGCAAUAUCCAAUUUAUCGACGAUAGCUUCGUGGAAAUGGUGGAAGCGCGAUGGAAGAAGUCUGGUAAUGGCAUAUCUCAGCUUCGCGUGGUGAAAUUCGAGGGAUACACACCCGCAACGCUAAGCGCUUUCACAGUUAGUGGGGUUACGCGGAUGAAAAAAAUGAGAGACGAGGGGUUAGAGACAUACAUUGCUACAAUGGAUAUCAACUCCACAGAUGAUGAUAGAAAAGAGAAGACUUAUAUCCGAUAA